AAACCAAACGGCUUCAGCAGCAGCAGCUUUGUGUCGUUUUAUCGUUUCUCAGCUAAUAUUUCAGUAACAAUGUCUUCAGUUCAGCAGCUGAGGGAUUUUAUCAGACAGAGACUAACUGCUGCUGCGGAAGAAAUCUUCACUCAGGUAGAAAAAACCAUCUUCCGCUACGAGGAGGAGAUUAAACUGCUGGAAAAAUGCUGGAAACCUCAGAUAAAACUCACCAGAACCGUCGUCCCAAAGCAACAUGAAGAUGAGGAAGAGGAGGUUCUCACUGACAGCCAGCUCUGUAGUCAGAUGAUGAAUCUGAAUGAGGAUCAGGAGCAAAAAGAGGCUCCACAAGAGAGCGACAGCAACGAGGAGCUGGAACAUCAGCUGCUGAAGGAGGAACCAGAAGCUCCUCGGGUUAAAGAGGAACGGCAGGAAGUCUGCUGCAGUCAGGAGGGACAGAGUCUUGAUUUUACUCAGACUAUGACUCUGCAACAAACUGAUUUCAGUGAAGAAGAACCAAACAUUGAGCAUCUCGACUCCAACAAUGUUUCUGCUCUAGAGAACCAAGAUGAAGCAGGAAGCUACAGUCCUGUGUUAGCGAGUUGGGCUGAAACUGUCCCAGAUGAGUCCUGUGAAUGUCAUGUCUGCGGGAGAGUCUUUAAAUCUCAGUACAACAUGGUGCGACAUCUCAAAGACCACUCAGGGGAGAAGCCGCUGUGCUGUCAAAUAUGUGGAAAAGUGUUUGUACAGACAUGUCAUUUGAAAGAGCACCUACAAAUGCACACAGGUGCCAAGCCCUUUUCCUGUGAAAUCUGUGGGAAAUGUUUCACCAGGAAAUCUAGCCUGAAAGUUCACAGAAAAACUCACACAGGUGACAAGCCUUAUUCAUGUGAAACCUGUGGGAAAUGUUUUAGCAGAAGUUUUUGUUUGAAAGUUCACAGAAAAACCCACACAGGCGUUAAGCCUUUUUCAUGUGAAAUCUGUGGGAAAAGCUUCCGUGAAAAAUGGUAUUUGAAAUUCCACAGGAAGACCCACACAGCUGAGCGGCCAUAUUCCUGCCAAACAUGCGAUGAAAGCUUUAAUAGUAUGAAUGAAGUGAUUUGUCACCAGAAAGUCCACAAACCUCUGAGGGAGUUCUGGUGAGAUCUGAAGGUUUGUGGGGAGCCGUUUCACGUUUCCCAGUUCUGCUCCAGAUGUUUCCGUCAUCCAGCCGUUCACUUUCACUCUGAUGAAAAGGCAUUUUUUAAAGCUGCUGCAGAAGAUAAAUUUUAACUUUUUGAACAUAAUUCUUACAGCAACAUAACCAAGAGGUCCAUGCAGUACAAUCUUAAUAUGUUAAGAAAUGUAUGUGAAUCAGGAGUCGUCAAAAUGGGAUAAAAGGAAAGGAUGUUACCAUGGCGACUCCUUAUCAUACAUAGAAGAGGUUGGAUGAGAGCAGACUUUAACUGGACCAUAAUGGUCGUGUUCCCUGUGGUUGAUGUUCUGAUGUUGACUGUUACCUGUAGGAUGAAAACAUUUGUGUUUCCUUCAGCUCUGAAUGAACCGUUUCUCCUGAACACUGAGGGAAGUUUCAGACUGAAGGUUAAAAAUGUUUCAACAUUUAUUUCUAUUUAAUUGAUUGCUAAAUGUUUGACAUCCUGAACUUGCUUGUAAAGCAAAGUUGUAAAUUUUUGAUUUUCCUUUAAUGUCCUGUAAAACAUUUUGGAUUGCCCUGUAACUUCUAACUGAAUAAAGUCGCCUUGCUUUGG